AUGCACACCCACUCGGAUUACCUACAGCAGCAUCCCCACUUGAUGUCGCAGCUGUUGCCGGACGCCCAGCAGGCACACUGUCCUCUAAUGCCCGUCCACCACCAUCAAGACCCGACUGUCUUCUUUCCACUGCCCACAGACGCCUACCUUCCCUCGGUGAACGCCACCGGCCAACAACCCUCACCCAGCACCAACACCAGCCCCUUGUCACCGAGGAUGAAGGAGAGGUCGAAAAACGCUGCACGCUCAAGACGAGUGAAGGAAAAUGUUGAGUUCGCCAACUUGGCUAGUCUCCUGCCUAUGUCGGCUUCCAUUACCUCACAGCUGGACAAGGCUUCGAUCAUUCGGCUAGCGACAAGCUACUUGAAGGUUCGGGCAAUUUACCCUAACGGUAAGUCCAGGGCUCGAAGAGCACGGACCACAGAGAGAAUUGAUAUGAGAGUUGGAUAUGUAUUGGGACGUCGGCAAUUGGCCACAACAAUGCCGAGUUCAGUGGACGAGAACGUGGGCGUCGGCCUUUUAACGGCAAUGGACGGAUUCCUCUUUAUAAUUUCUCCAGACUGCAAAUUUCUCUACAUCUCAGAGACUGUUUCGCCGAUGCUGGGUCUGCAACAGGUUGAUAUGAUCGGAAAUGAUAUCUCGGAGUACCUCCAUUCAGCAGAUAUUGAAGAUAUUAAGCAGGUACUCGCAAUACAACCAACGGAAAUUCCCCCCACUGCUGUUGUCGGCGAAGGUAAUUUUAUGCACCAUCUCGUGCUGUAUCGAUCCCUAAAUAGUGUUCUACACUGUAGUGGUUACUUGAAAUUUCGCGUGAUCCAUGCCGAUGGAUACACCCAACUGCAAAACCUUGGUCUCAUUGCAUCAGGCUUCGCUCUUCCUAUCGCCAACAUCAACUCAACUGAAGUCCGCCUCGGCGGUGACAUGUUCAUGUUUCGUGCGAGCCUUGACCUAAGACUCAUCUACUUGGAAGGACGGGUCUCAGCCCUAACGGGCUACCAGCCCCAAGACCUUAUCGAGAAGACCAUCUACCAGCUUGUGCAUGCCAGCGACGCCGAGGAGCUACGGAGAAGUCACGAAAUUCUGAUUAAAAAAGGCCAAGUUACGACAGGCUACUACAGAUUGCUCACAAAAAAUGGCGGCUGGGUAUGGAUCCAGACUUACGCCACAAAAGUGCACAACAGUCGCUCGUCUCGGCCAAACUGCAUCAUCGGCCUCAACUAUGUCCUAACGUGA